GGGGACAGAUUGGCAACAGGUUUCACUGUUGCACUGACUAACACUUUGUACUUGCAGCUAACAAACAGCUCUUUCUGUAAGUCUGCACAGACACAGUCACUCACAUGGAAACUGGCAGACUUUAGCUGUCGGCUUUUCUUUUUACAUGGUUUAGUUUUUAUUUGGUGGAUUUGUUUUCAGAAGAACAAUAAAGAUGAUUAAGACCAUGAUUCAACAUGCGAAGAAACACCCAGGGUUAAUCCCUCAGUUUUUCUUCACCACUGUGGGCCUGACAGGGGCCAUACUCUACCUGAUCCGUCUGGCUAAAGGGCCUCAUGUCACCCUCUGGGACAGGAAGAACAACCCAGAGCCCUGGAACAAACUGGACCCAACCUACCAGUACAAGUUUGUGGCCAUCCAAACGGACUACAAGAACCUGAAGAAAGAGGGCCCUGACUUCUAAAGGUCCUCCAGGGGCACCGAGUUUGGCAGGACCUCCUGCUGUCGCCUCGCUGAUGUGAGACGUCUUCCUGUACAUUUCACCUCCUGCUCUGCUACAGCAGCUCUGAAUUAACUCUGUAACCUCGUGAAUAAAGACGAAUAAAGAUCA